AUGGCACAUCAUUCGCCGCAGUGGUCCUGGGACCAGAGAUGGUUGAAUGGCCAGCAAUAUUGGGGGUUUGCGCAGUAUUCUCAGCAGCAGCAUGUUGCACCACGUCCAGCGCUGCUUGAUCGCGCGUACUGCAUGCUGGAUAAGAACGGCCAAUUCGCAGCUUUUUCAGACAGUCGCAUCAGCCAGCAGAGCGGCAGUCAGUAUGAACACCUAGUUACUAGCAUCAUCAAUGGCCCUAGCCGCAAACUUAGAGCUGCCACCCGUCAAGAGCCCGCUGAGCAAACACAAGUAGAAGAGCUCAGAAGUCGCGUUGCAACUUUCCUGCAAGAACGUGUGUCAGACACCGUCGGGCAAAGAGUGAUGGCAAGAGGUGUCGGUGAAGAGGAAGCUGACAUUGACGUGGUGUUCCAUGGUAGCUUUGAAGAAUUGCUGAGCAAGCUCAACCAGGUGACUGAAGCUAAAGUUCUUGCGACCUGCACAAGCACCACCUGUGUUCUGGUGGAAGAUUGUUCGGACAGUCGUCUUGUCGCGAUGAAACUUUUGCAGAUCGAGAUCCACUGCCGCAUUGUUAAGCGUCGCGGGUUCUUGGUCUAUGAUGAACCGCGUGGCUUGAAAGCACAGCCCCUUGCUCCAGAAUCGACCGGCUAUGCGAUUGUGUUCAAUCGCGCGGCUCUGCACAUCGACAUAGGGAAUGUGCUGCGCACACUGGGUCUCACCGGCGUGCAGGAGUUGCAGCGGCAGGGCAAGUUGCACAUUGCUUUUUUACAACCAGACCGUGCGUUGCCUGCAGCAUUGGAGAUUGCAAGCAAGGCAAGAGCAGAGGCAAGCGAGGCAAGAGCGAAGGUGGACACAUUGGAGCAAAAACUUGAAGGCAUCCGCAGGGUUAACAUUUGCAUGACUUAUGCACGGCUGUGGUUUCUACCUUGGCACGUGUUCUGCGGGGUUCUGCAGGCACGACCUCAGCAUCAGUCUGGGUGA